CUAAGUAUUCUCUGUAUACUUGUUGUUCGACGGCUAUGAAGAAUGGGCGGACAAACUGGCGUAUGCGCAAAAGCAGCGCAGUUACAAAAAUUACCGUUCAGUGUAUUUUCCCACCAAAUCAGCUUCCGAGAAGGAGAGCGAGACUGAACAGUGAUGGCAGGAGAAGAAGGGGCAGGCCAGGAAAAGGGUUUUAAGCUGUUGGGGAUCCUGGAUGUCCAGAGGACACCGUGUGCCAAAGACGCCAUCCUGCAUGGAGCUGGAGGCUCAGUAGCUGCUGGCAUGCUUUUCUUUCUUUCCACCAGUCGAGUGAGGCGCACCUUUGACGUCGGCUUUGCGGGCUUCAUGCUCACCACUCUCGGGUCUUGGUUUUACUGCAGAAUGAACAACGCUAAACUACGAGUGCAGCAGAGAGUCAUACAGGAGGGCAUCCGGAACAAGGUAGUGUACGAGGGAACGUCUCUAGACCCGACUAACAGACCCAGAGCAGACGCUCCAUCUGGCCCCUCGUGACGCCCAGCAGACAGAAUCAAAGCGGACAGACUGCUGCCUCUGUGGGAAGGUUUUAUUUCUGUUGGCUUGGAAGUCUCUCUAAAGUUUCUACUACUGGGGGAAGUGGUCUAUUGAAGCAGAAGUUUUCAAAACUUUUUCCAAUCCAAACAGGAAGCUGCUCUUGAAGUUUAAACUUAGCUUUUUUUUUUUUUUAUCAACUCCAAUAA